AUGGGGGCUCCCGCCGCUGUUGUGACUGGGGCGGCAAAGCGCAUCGGCCGCAGCAUUGCGGUGCGGCUGCAUCAGCAGGGCUACAGCGUCGUGGUGCACUUCAACAACUCUGUGCAGGCGGCGAAGAGCCUUGUGGCGGAGUUUAACGCCGCACGUGCGGGGUCAGCAGUGCUGUGCCAGGCCGACCUCACCUGCGCCGCCGGCAUCACUGCCCGCUGCGACGGUAUCAUCGACUGCUGCUUCCGCGCCUUCGGCCGCUGCGACGUGUUGGUGAACAACGCAUCGGCGUACGACGCGACGCCGCUGCUACCGGAGAGUGACACGCGGGAUGAGUCGGCGGAGGCGCAGAUCGCCAAUAUCUUCGGCUCGAAUGCCAUUGCGCCACUUCUGCUCAUUCGCGCCUUUGCGCGUCGGCAGACGGCGGAGCCGAGGCACGGCCGCAACCUUUCGGUGGUGAACCUCAGUGAUGCCAUGAUUGAGCGGCCGCUGCCAGGCUUCUGCAUCUACACGAUGGCGAAGCACGCGCUGCACGGGCUCACCAAAGCGGCGGCGGCAGAGUUAGCGCCAUGCGGCAUCCGCGUCAACGCCGUGGCUCCGGGGAUCAGCGUUUUGCCCGACGCGAUGCCGCCGGCGGAACGGGAUGAAUGGAGGCGCAAAGUCCCGCUCGGCCAGCGCGAGGCAUCGGUGGAGCAGGUCGCGGAGGCCGUCGCGUUCCUCGUCUCAGGCGGCGCGGCGUAUACCACAGGCACCACGCUUAACGUGGAUGGUGGAUUAAGUCUGGGACGAGCCUAA